UGUGGUAAUGUUAGUAGAGAGUGAUCCUUGUCAUCGAACGGACAGUUAUUCCUGGCUCCGGGUGUGCGCUAAGAAAGGUUGACGAAUUUUUAGGUUAUAAAGUACUCGGUUUUGCCUUCUCCAGAACGCGACCGGCGACAAAGCAUUUGAAGUAGCGCUUUUGAGCAAAACUGAAAUAAAAGCAGUUUCCGGAUACUGAACGAUUCCCGGCAACCGGAAGCAGCAGCAGCAGCAGCGACAGCAGUAAAUUUUUACACUCAGAUCGCGAGUAAUAUAAUACAGACACAAAAUGAGCUGGCAGGAUUACGUCGACAAUCAGCUUCUCGCUUCGCAGUGCGUGUCGAAGGCAGCCAUCGCCGGUCACGAUGGUGGCGUUUGGGCCAAAUCUGAAGGCUUUGAGGUGUCGAAAGAGGAGGUUGCCAAAAUUGUACAGGGAUUCGACAAAACCGAACUGCUCACAUCCGGCGGAGUGACUUUAGCGGGCCAGCGUUACAUAUAUCUUUCCGGCACUGACCGAGUGAUCCGUGCCAAACUUGGCAAAACCGGUGUGCAUUGUAUGAAAACGCAACAGGCUGUAAUAGUAUCAAUCUAUGAGGAACCCGUGCAGCCCCAGCAGGCGGCAUCCAUAGUAGAAAAGCUGGGCGAUUAUCUAAUUACCUGUGGUUAUUAGAAGGAAAAAUCAAUCGUAUAGGGGCGUGGAACGGUCGAGGAAAUUGGCAGAAGUGUGUGAGUUGAUAAGAGAGAAGAGCAGGAGUGAUGAAGGAACCCUAAAUAGAAUAGAGAGAGAGAGAGAGAGCAAGAAAGAAGAAUACCGUGAAGAGAGAUUGCCCCCCUCCGGCGGUGUCCGCGCGAGUUUAGUGUUCGGUGUGUGUGUAUGUGCGCCGAGUCUAGUGUACGUGUGUGUUUGGUGAAGUGUGACUGUCACACGUGUGGUUGUUGUUUGGAAAAAAUAUAGACGAACCAUUUCUGUCCUCCCUCGCGCCUGGAAUGGAAUGGUGCACAAUCACGUAAUACUGCACACACACACACACAGCAACUACGACCCACAGCAUUAUCACAUCGCCGCCGACACUCCCGUAACAGUCUCGUAAUGCAGCAUCGCAGCAGCAGCAUCAUUCUAGGACGGGUUUCUCGUGCAAAGAUCCACGGAGGUAGAAGAUCCGAGAAGAGAGUAAGAACGUGCAGGCAAAAAAACAGAGAACAGAAGCAAAAAACAUGAAACGGAGCGAGAAUGGUAAAACACAUGUGGAGGAAAUAUACUUUCAUACUGCUUUUUAUAAUUUAAACACUAGAAACACACUUGAAUAAAGAGUCGAAGUUGAAGAAGAUACAUACAACAACAAAAAACAAGCAUAGAUCGAAACAUAUGAACCUACUAUGGAUUGGAUAAUGGAAUUUGGAAAACUUCAUCGUCGGAUGAGGAAAUGGAAGGAAAGAACAUACUAUUUUGUGAGUGUGUGCGUGUGUGCAUGUUUGUUGAUGGUGUGGCGGGGCAGAGGGAAAUGUAGUCGAAUGAAAGGAAGGUUGGAUGAAGUUUCCCCUGUUCUCCUGUUCAACAACCGGCAACGGAUUAUCGGAAAGUUCGAUAUCGACGAGUGUGUUUGAAUGUUUGGAAUAGUUGCAUAGUUUGCGUAGUAGAGGAAACUACCAACUGCCAGCAGUAUUUCCAUAGACAUAUUCGUGAUAGUAACGAAUGACAGCCAUCUUAAAACCCCCGCCGAUAACACACGUGCCGUAACUAUAAUGCACGCACGCACCCACACAUAAAUUGCGAUCACUGGUAGAGUGAAUUGUUUAAAUGCAGUCUAAAAUAGAGUUUGGUUAGGAAAAAGGUAAAGAAGGUAAGUUGCAGAAAUAUUCUCUAAUUGUUGCAGAAUGCAAUGCAUUAAGGAGAAAUACAAUUACAUGUAAAACCAGGCAGAGAAGAAGGAAACAUCUACAGCAGGAAAAAAAAGGUAAAGAUAUACACAAACACAAGCAGUUCAAGAUCACGUUCAGAUCUCUCUAGACGGAAGUGAAUGUUAGGAAAGGAAACGGUAGCAGAAGCGCGAAGUGGUGAAGAAGGUGCACAAUAGAUACGAAAAUACAACAAACAAAAUGACGCGUGAAAAAAAAAAUGGACAAAUUCGACUAUUAUAGUGACACAAAUACGGUCAGAGAAAGAGGAGUAGUGGAGAGAGAGAUUGCAUAAUUAGGAUGAAAAUACAGUGUUUAGCAUACAGAGAGAAGACUGCGUAGAGGGAAAAAAGAUACAGACGAUAGACGUACAUUUGUAGAGUGACCAUUAAAGAUUGGGGACACACAUACUGCUAGCAAACGUGCAAGAAAGACAGAGAGAGAGAGAGACAGAGAGACGUACAGUGGACAAACACUAAGGACUAAAGAAGAAAAUGUGGAAGGACACAUCAGACGGGAUGACAGCAAAACACCCCGACAACAACGGUACGGUACGAGAGGAAAUAAUAAUAAAAAAAUAUUGAUAAUACUGUGUAAGCUUAAAAUUUUGUUUGUUUUUUGCCUAAAUGAUGUGUAAAAUGUGGCUAAGCGAAGUAAUAAAAGUAAAGAAAAGCUCUACAAAAAAAAAAAAGAAAACAAAAACAAAACCCCCCCCUGGUUGGUUAGUUGGUUUGCUGUCCGAGGAAAGAUAAUAUUGGUGUGUGAUAAGAAGGCAAGAGAAAACGGAAAAAAUUGGAUCCUUUGCUGUUUCGGCUUUUCCACUACGGACUGCAACACUCAUGAACGCCGCGUGUAUUGUGUAAGUAACGAUUUUUCCCUUUGGCCAUUUUCUCCACACACUCACCUUCCACCCUUUAUUAUACUCCAAUUUUAAGUGUGAGAAUAGGGGUGAUGAUAAAGUUUACCCCAUUUUGCCGGUGAUGUACAGAAAGGUUUUUCCUACACCUGCGAUUGUUGCUCCCUUUCUUCUCGUAACACUCUGUCUUACGACGACGAUCAAUUGUAUCGUCCGUCUUUUUGCUCGAUAUUUCAAAAAACGGGAAUAACCUUUUUGAAGGAGCUUUCGAAUUCCCUCUGAAGCUAUCGCGCUGUGUUUCUAGCUGGUUUCUUAACGAUGGCCUCAGAUCAUGGUGGUUUUUGUUUUGCCACCGGUCAGGCUGUCUCGUGUUUGUACAUUUUUUGUUGUUGGGAGACUUCUAGUCAUUUCUUCCCGUUUAGUGAACGAUUGAACAGUUGGUGACUAUGUUUUGAAACCGAGGAAAAGAUGGGAAAAGAGUAAAGGACUCUUACCUGUUCAAGAGGCAGCACAACUCUGAACGAUGUGACGUAAUGGUAGUAAACUACAAAACCACAUAAAAGUCAAGCCAUGUGGGUUGUUUGUUUGCUAACACUUUCCCGAAGUGGAAAAACGUUGAAGGUAGAAAAGCAGAAGAAGAAAAAAUCUAGCAAAAAGCUUUUAUAGCCGGAAAAACUGUAACCUCAGAAAUGGUGUAAUGGUAGAAGAAGAUAAAAGAAACCUCACAUAUACAGCAGAACGGGAAGAACGAGAUACUAACAUUAAAAGACUAACACCAUAGUGAAACAAAACAAAAAGAAAAAAGAGUGGAAGAGAAAGAACAGCAGAAGAAGAAGAAGAUAAAAAGAAGGUAACAUAAUAAAUGCGAACAAAAUAUUAGGCGGCAGCGAAUAAUAAGGCGCAACUAAUGAAACAUAAAGAGCGGUCAAACGAAAGCACACAACACAAACACACAAAUUGAGUGAUAAUAUACUAAAAAAACGAAACAAACAAAAAACAAACGCAUAAGAAGAGUGAAAGUAAGGCGUGUAGUGGAAAACGGAAAAGGGGAAAAAACAGUGGUAGAGAAUAGGAGGUGGUCAGGGAGAACGAAAAGAAAAGGGCCAUCGGAAGCAAAAACAUCAAACAACAGAAACAAAAUAUAUACAAACCAGUACACAUACAUGCAUUAUAGAUAUACGCAUAAUGCGAGCGUAAAAUCAUCCAUCUCCUUAAAUACGACAAAGAGAAAUCGAAAAAAAAAACCGAACGCAAAAAGCGGAGGGUGUAGUACCUACCGGCCGGCUGCUGCUGCUGUAUGAAUGAGCGCCAGAAAGCGCACAAGAAUGGUAAUGUGAAACACUUGAGCAGUACAGUAAAGAAAAUGUAAAAAAGGA